AUGUGGCUGUUUCCUCGUAGAAUAAGGUUUCGUUCUUUUGCUUCCGCGCUUUGGGAGAAUUUUUCUCCUGUUAUUGUUAGUCGAUCGGUGAUGGACAAGGCUGGACUUUUCCAAAGUAUUGGUUUAAGCGAGCAGAAAGCUCAGGAAACACUGAAGAAUGAUGCGCUUUCGAAGCGACUGGAAUCCAUCAUAACGUUGGUGAGUUAAAGCUUGGGGUUUUCAUUCGAUAGAUUUUAAUAGCCUGUGAUUUUUGUGGAGUAUUAACUGAUCAUGGAUGCACAUGCUUGAAAAAAUGUUUGUAUAUUUUUAGUGAUCUCGUUAGAUUGGCUGAGAAUGUUUGUUAAAGGUGCUAUUGCAAUCCCUCUAUCUUACAUCAGCUCGAUCAGUUCUUCGUAGGCUGAUGCAAUAACUGGUACUUAACAUGUAAUAGUAACAUAAGUGGGUAACAUAAAGUCUUAAGUUUUCCUCUUUCUUACGAUUCUUGCAAUAAUUGGAAAUCUUGCUUAUGUGUGAUGAAAUUAAAAUUCACUACCAGAAUGAAGAUUUGUUAUGCAAAUAAGCAUAUAUUGGUUUUGAACAGUACGUUGGUAAUAUAUUGGGUACAAAUUGAGUGAGUGAGUGAGAGGACUGGACGAGAAUGUACAGGGUUUGUAUGUCAUGACUCAAAGCUAAAUAUUCUCUGUCCAGCUGGACCUAACUCAGUCACUGAGGGCUGAUUAUUUAAACAAAGUUUAGCUGUUGUUUAACAAAACCGCAUUGUAAACAAUCCUCAGUUUAGCUGAACCUUUUAUUUGAACAUUUAUUUUUGUAAACAGUGUCAAGAGAGCUGAAAGCUUGCAGUGGAAGGCAUUUUUAAGUCAAUCAACCCUCUUAUAGAGUGUGCCUUAGGCCCAUUGAUUGCGUAAAACCUUGGUUUAUCCUAGACCUUGUGUAAAUAUCUGGCUUUAUGUUCAUGCGAACACUCUUUUUUAUCCUUCUCUACUUGCAUCCUGCAUGUUCAUUUGUAAAGCAGGGCUGGGUGAAGAUAACCCAGGGUUAGUGUGAAACCUGAUUUCAGAUCUGAAAGUUUAAAAAAAAAUUAUAAUUUUGGUAUAAUUUUUUUUUCCUUUUCUAUCUUGGAUGCUAAAAAAAAAAUCAUGAAAAUUAUCCCAAGAAGGCUAUUGAAUCAAAGGAAUAAAGAAACCCUGAUUAAAAUUUAACUUUGGAUUAGUGCUAUUUGGCCUUUGAACAACUUGCCUCAGAGUGCUAAUGGAGAUGAAGUAAUCAAGACACAAAAUGAAGCAACCAAAAUAAGGACAAGCAAGAACAAUUUUGAGUUUUACUUUUUUAAGCCCAUGGUUACUCUGUAAUCUUUUGGCCUUGUAGUUGAUCUCCUUUUUCCUUUUUGCCCUUUUCUUUGUAUCUAAUGAAUUGUGAAGACAUGCUUGUACCUUUGUGAAACAGUCAGUAUGACACCAGGCUGGGGCAAAUAGAUUUUAGUGUCUAUCGUACAAUUGUCCUACACUGUAGAAUUGAUGAUGGCUAUUUCUUGUGUUCACUGCUUCUCUAUGCUUAGAUUGAGCAUCACAAUUUUUCUGUUUUUAACAGGUGAAAGAAAAAUCCACAGAUGCAGUUGGAAAACCCACUGGUGUUUUGAUGUACUCCUUGGCAAGCAGCAAUAUCAAAGAUGAAUCACAGAUCAAGUUUGUUAGUAACUACAUUGCAAACAAGAAGUUGGCAUCUGCAAUACAACUGACAGGUAUAAUGUUGCUAUCUAGCGAAAGAGAGGGAGGAAAAGCUGUGAUUGAUUAGGUUUUUUAUUAUAUCUCUGAAUUACUAUGUGCAUCAUGAUUGGUCAGUUCAUUAAGCCUUUUUUUACUAUAUGGUGUGCUAAAUCAAAAAGUGUGUUUAGGUCAAAAUCUACCCCCUCUAAUUUAACCCAGAGAUGGAAAAAAAAAAAUUUUUUAAGUUACUAACCUUGUUUUCUUGGUUCAUACUGUAAAUUAAGUGUAAGUAGUGUAAAUAUUUUUAAGAAACAACUGAAAACGUAUCUUUUUAAGCAAGCAUACUGUUAACUGUGUGAACAUUUUUAGACUAUCUACAAUAUAGAUUUUUAAUCACUUUUUUAAUUUAUCGUUAAAUGUAAUUUUGUUUUCAUUUUGUAAUCUAACCAUCAUAUUCUCUGGGGUUUCUUUUGAUAUUUUUAAAAUUUAUUGUAAAGUGCAUUAGAUCAUAUACCUUUAUUUAAUUUUGCGCUAUAUAACUAUUAAAUUUAUUACUAUUAUUAUUAUUAUUAUUAUUAUCAUCAUCAUUAUCAUUAUUACAGAACAUUUUUUUUUUAUGCUGGGAUUUUCCCCAAUGGAAUUUUUUUGACCUGUGCAAAAAAAAUUGUUCAUAAGUUACAGUAUGGACCUUGAACUUGGUGAUUAAGAAGUACUUAUUGUUUAGUUGGUGAUUAAUUAUUUCGAAGGUAUUUCAGGGGAUUGAUAAAUUUGAUGGUACUGUCUGAUUGUCUUGGUAAAUUGAGAAGGACUGCUGUUGGUGGAAGUGACUGACAUUUUAAAAAUCAUUGUGGAGGUCAUCAUCAGAAUGGAGACAAGAUGAAGACUUCCCCUGGGGUUGUCAAAAAAUCACAAACUGAUAUGAACAUUAGUACUUCUCCAGACUGCCUUUGUCUGAUUGGACAACAUAAAUAAAUUCUACUCCUGGGUUCAAUCAGUUAAUUAAUAUUCAUAUCAUGUGUUACUUUUAUUUCAUCUUAGCUGCAGUGGAUUUUAUGAAGGCCAAUCCAGUUUUGCCUGUUGAUGUGGCUGCCUUUGAAAAAAAUUGUGGUAUUGGAGUAAACAUCACACCUGAUCAGAUUGAAAACUGUGUAAGUAAAAAAUUGAAAGAUUUGAUUUACUCUUUUAAAGUAGCUCACAUCAGUUUCACUUAACUUACUUGAAUUGCAAGGUACUGUAUAUCAGUUGAAAGGGAGAAUCACUUACAUGUACAACAACUUAACCCUUUAACCUCUAAGAGUGACUAGCAUCUAAUUUCUCCUUACAAUAUCACCCCUGAAUCACACAAUAAUGUCAUGAGAAUAAGGGAAAUGAUCAUUAACAGAAGAAACUCUUGAUUACUAAACAAAUUCUCCUUGUCAGCACCUUGAGAAAUGUAUGACGAGCAGUAUGGAGAAUAUGUCUACUGAUGUUAGGGUGUAAAGGGUUAAUAAUACCAUUACUAAUACUAAGGAUUAAGAUAACACUCAUUUCAGGGACUUUUUGGUUUGAUGUUAUUUGUCUUUUUUUUCUGCAAGGUUGUAGAACUUAUCAAGAAACACAAGGAAGAAUUGUUGAAGAAACGCUACAAAUUCAAUGUUGGAAUAAUAAUGGGUGAGUUUAAAUGUUCAAAAGCAGGAAAAUAUUGA